AUGGCGCCAGACGAAUACUCCACUGGCGGGGGUGGCAAGCUCAAGCUCAAGGGCAGCAAAGUGAGCGACGGGCGGGUCGACAAGAAAAAGAAGAAGAAGGCGAAGAAAGAGAAAGACGCGCAAGGCGACCAAGCUGAACAGGCUCAACGGGCCCAGCGGCAGGGGUCAGGUGAGGCUGAUGCUGAACUCCAGCGGGAUGGUUCCCGGGAACGAGAUGAGGAGGUUGGGUCUUCGGCGAAGACGGAGGCUGAGAGGAAGUAUGAGGAGGUUAGAAGGAAACGGUUGCAUGAGCGGCUCCAGAAGGAAGGUAUCAAGUCACACAAGGAACGUGUGGAGGAGUUGAACAAGUACCUCAGCCGGCUGAGUGAGCAUCAUGAUAUGCCGAAGAUCGGACCUGGUUAA